AUGCAGAGAGCACACAUGGAUGGAGAUAUCAUCAUUGCUGGGUUUUUCCCUCUAUACACAUUGGGAACAGGUAGCAGUAAUAGUGAUGCUUCCAUACAUGAAGAGAACAAUCUGUUUUCCUUCAAAAACUACCAGUUUGUUUUGUCCUUGGCUUUUGCUAUUGAAGAGAUCAACAAAAACCCUGAUCUUUUACAUAAUUUGACUCUGGGAUUUAAUAUCUAUGAUUUUCUAUAUGGAACAUGGACAGCAUUUAUAAAUCCCUUUAUUUGCCUCUUUGGGAACUACAAGAUUCCAAACUAUAACUGUAUGAGAGACAAUCAGCCUAUAGCAGUAAUUACAGGAACUUCAGGAGCAAUAUCUUCCCAGAUUGGGACACUGUUGGGCCUCUACAGGUUUCCACAGCUUACCUCUGGGCCUUUCGAUCAUGUUCUGAGUGACAAUAACAUGUUUCCUGGUCUCUAUCAGAUGGCCCCAAGAGACACAUCAAUAGCCAGUGCCAUGGUAUUAUUAUUACUUCACUUCAGCUGGAAUUGGGUGGGACUGAUAACCAUACAAGAUGAGAAUGGUUUAUGGAUUCUUCCUGCAUUGAAAGAAGAGAUGGGUUCUGAGUCUGACUGUGUAAAUUGGGAGAAAUGUACUCAUGAUGCCUCCUUGGACUGGUUGCCUAGACACACAUUUGACAAGACAAUGUCUAGGGACAGUUACACUAUCUACAAUGCUGUAUAUGCUGUGGCCCAGGCUCUCCAUGAGAUGCUGCUUCACCAAACAGAAAUACAAACAAUGAGAAAUAGAAAAGUGAUGGUGCUUUCCCCUGCACAGCUACAUUCUUUUCUGAAGAAUAUCCAGUUUCACAAUCCUGCUGGAGAUCAAGUGAUUCUUCAUGAGAAAAAGAAAUUGGUGGCAGAGUAUGAUAUUGUGAACAUUUGGAAUUUUCCAGAAGGUCUUCAAUUUGAGAUGAAAGUAGGAAAGUUUUCCCCAUAUACUCCGCAUGGUCAUCAACUGACUUUAUCUGAAGAUCUGAUAGAGUGGACCAUAGGAACUACAAAGCCUCCUCACUCUGUCUGCAGUGAAAGUUGUGGUCCAGGAUUCAGGAAAUCCCCUCAAGAGGAAAAGGCUGCCUGUUGCUAUGAUUGUAUCCCUUGCUCAGAGAAUGAGAUGGCUAAUGGAACAGAUAUGGAACAAUGUGUGAAAUGCCCUGGUUAUCAAUAUGCCAACACAGAGAGAAACCAGUGUCUUCAAAGAGCUGCAAGUUUCCUGGCUUAUGGAGAGCCCUUAGGGAUGGGCUUGGCCUGCAUGGCUCUUUGUUUAUCUACACUCACAGCAUUUGUUCUUGGAGUCUUUGUGAAACAUCAGAACACCCCCAUUGUCAAGGCUAAUAACCAGGCUCUCAGCUACAUCCUGCUUAUCUCCCUCAUUUUCUGUUUUCUCUGUUCUUUGUUCUUUAUCGGCUGCCCCAACACAGUCACCUGCAUUCUACAGCAAACCAUAUUUGGAGUUGCAUUCACGGUAGCUGUUUCUGCUGCCUUGGCCAAAACUGUAACUGUGGUUCUAGCUUUCAAGGUCAUAUCUCCAGGGAGAAGGUUGAGGUGGUUGCUGCUAUCAGGGGCUCCUAACUUCAUCAUUCCCAUCUGCACUUUGAUCCAGGUGACUUUCUGUGUACUCUGACUGUGGACUUCACCUCCAUUCAUUGAUACAGAUGCCCACUCUGAACAUGGCCAUGUCAUCAUUGUGUGUAACAAGGGCUCCCUUAUUGCUUUCUAUUCUGUCUUGGGAUACUUGGUUCUCUUGGCCCUAGCCAGCUUCAUUGUGGCUUUCCUGGCCAGGAACCUGCCUGACUCCUUCAAUGAAGCAAAGUUCCUAACCUUCAGCAUGCUGGUGUUCUGCAGUGUCUGGCUCACUUUUGUGCCUGUCUACCAUAGUGCCAAGGGGAAAGUCAUGGCAGCUACAGAGGUCUUUUCCAUAUUGGCUUCCAGUGCAGGGCUCCUGGGCUGCAUCUUUGUCCCCAAGUGCUACAUCAUCUUGUUAAGGCCAGAAAGAAAUUUUCUCCUUAGUAACAAGGGGAAAUUUUUGUAUAAAAAUUUUUGUAUAAGAAAUAUCAACAAAGAUUUGGAAAUCAUCAAAAGUACUAAAAAGAAAAUAUGUUUUGAUAAUCACAAUUACAAAGAUUGUCUAGGCUUAAGAAGAGCUGAUUUUGCCCCAUUCCAUCAUCUGUCAUUAGUAGAAAUUUUGUUUUUGAAACACUAUGUCUACAAAGAACCAGUAGACUUAACAGAUCAGAGAUGUGAAGACCUCCCUUUCCACUUCAAAGUUACCCAUGUGUGCCUGGAUCCCCUUUUUGAAGGGUUCAGUGAUGUGGGGAAACAUGAAUCUCAGGGUCUUGAUCAGCAAGUGCGCUGA